GAAACCUCACAGGAGCUGGUUGAGGGAGAGGACAACACAAAACAUUGAACAAACUACAAAUCCCGAAGCGGCGGCGGCACUUGUGCUUAGAAGAGCCUCCGCCUCCUCAACAAGUCUUGGGCUGGAGCCCUGCUGGAGCCUUCUCUUAUUGACUGCUUGCUCUCAGGCGGGUCGGAUGGCUGAAGGAGUCCGUUGUUGUUGUUGUCCGGACUGGCGGACGAUGCAGUUGAGGAAGAUUGGGGUUGGGGGCUCUGAGGUGAUGGCCUUGUGAACUCAUCUCAGGGAAGAGGCUCUCCUCCCCGUAGAGGCCAUGGCGGCGGCUGGACUCAAGGCUACGAGCAGCGGCGUGUGGAAGAGCGUCGGCAUCCUUCAACGGAUGGUCCCUGUUUUCAGCCACGGCAGCAGCAGCAGCUGCUGCUAUUAUACGGGUUCCGACGUUGGAUCGGGGCGGGUGGGAUGCAGGCACCAGUGGACCCAUCAGCCGCAGUCAGAGGAGCAUUGUCUCCCGGCGUGGGGCUCCUCUGCGAUGGGCGGCAAAGCGAAGAGGACCGCCGACGCCGGCCCUGCUGUGACGGCUGCUUCCUUAGGCAGCCACCAGCCCAGCUCCAUCGAAGGGAUCGAUACGAAGCCCUAUCUCUGGGCCAGAUACCACGAGAUGAAAAAGCUGGUUUACGAUCUGCUUCCACCAGGAGUUUGCAAUCUUCUUAACCCCGCAGCUAUCUAUGCAAAUAAUGAGAUUAGCUUGGGAGAUGUUGAGAUCUAUGGCUUUGAUUAUGAUUAUACAUUGGCACAAUAUUCCAAUUUACUACAUUCAAUGAUAUUCAACGCUGCCAGAGAUAUUCUAAUUGAACAAUGUAAGUACCCAGAGGGACUCAGGAAAUUUGAAUACAUUCCUGGUUUUGCCAUAAGAGGGCUUCAUUAUGAUGUGCACAAGAGUCUUCUGAUGAAGAUUGAUGCUUUCCACUACGUUCAGUUGGGCACUGCCUAUCAGGGACUAAACCCAGUGCCUGAUGAAGAAGUUAUUGAAAUGUAUGGUGGAACCCAGCAUAUCCCAUUAUACCAGAUGAGUGAUUUUUAUGGCAAGGGUCCAUCAAUUAAACAAUUUAUGGACAUUUUCUCUCUUCCUGAAAUGACCCUACUUUCAUCAGUGACUGACUAUUUCAUGACUCAUAAUAUUGAGUAUGACCAAGUUCAUCUUUUCAAGGACGUUAGUGAUGCCAUUAAAGAUGUCCAUGUGAAAGGAAUGAUGUACAAAUGGAUUGAAAAGGACAUGGAGAAAUAUAUUCUUCAUGGAGAUGAAACAUAUGCUGUCUUAAAUAGACUGGUUAACAACAAUAAAAAGCUCUUUCUCAUCACAAACAGUCCUUUCAGUUUUGUCGAUAAAGGGAUGAAAUACAUGGUUGGCAAAAACUGGCAGGAUCUUUUUGACGUGGUCAUUGUGCAAGCAGAUAAACCCAGUUUCUUUACAGAUAAGCGAAAACCUUUCAGAAAAAUGGAUGAAGAAGGUUCUCUUCAGUGGGACAAAAUAAACAAACUGGAAAAGGGGAAAAUCUAUAAACAGGGCAAUCUGUUUGAUUUUCUGCGGCUAACAGGCUGGCGUGGGUCCAAGGUCCUUUAUUUUGGUGACCAUUUGUACAGUGACCUUGCAGACCUUAUGCUACGUCAUGGUUGGAGGACAGGUGCCAUAGUUCCAGAAUUGGAAACAGAAAUACGAAUUAUCAAUACAGAACAAUAUAUGCACUCUUUGACCUGGCAGCAAGCUCUUACAGGACUUCUGGAGAGAAUGCAGAUGUAUCAAGAUGCAGAAUCAAAGCAAGUGCUUUUAGAGUGGAUGAAAGAGCGACAGGAGAUUAGGUCACUUGCAAAGAACCUGUUUAACCCCCAGUUUGGUAGCAUUUUUCGAACCUUCCACAACCCAACCUACUUUUCUCGAAGACUGAUUCGUUUUUCUGAUAUUUACAUGGCAUCCAUCAGUUGCCUACUGAACUAUGAUGUGAAUUUUACAUUUUAUCCUCGCCGAACGCCUCUUCAACAUGAAGCUCCUCUUUGGAUGGAUCAGCUCUGCACAGGUUGCAUGAAGACUCCAUUCUUAGAAGAAAUGGUGCACAUUCGAUAAAAGGGAUUAUGACAUGCAUAGUAGAAUCUUAGCUUCCUUUUAGGGGACUGCUGCUGCUACUAUAUGAUCACUGCUGUACUUCUGUUCUGAGCACUUCCUAAUAGAAAGGUACCUGAGAUAAACGAAUGGAAAGGUGGCCUAAAUUUUACAUCUGAAAUCCUGGUAGUAAAAUAUAUUAACCAUAUUUGAUUAAGCUCUAAGAAUUUGGCAUUUGUAAUUUAGUCACAGGUGUCUUUAUGUGCUCAGAAGGGUUCUACAUGUUGGUUGGAUUGUAGUGAUUCUGGCAAAGAAAUUAUAAAUCUAUUUCUUCUUUAGAACAACAUAUUCAAAAUUUAACUUCCACACAAAUCCUUGCUACAUCACCUAUACAAUAUAUGAAAUAAUAGAAAUUUAAAUAGUUCCUAAUCAGUUCACCAAUCAGUUCACAAAUUUGAAGUUAUAACUGGUGUAUUUCUAAAGAAUGGUGUAUAGUACAGGUCCGUAUAAACCAGAUAUGCCAUUAAACCACACUCAAUCAUUCAUGUGUGAAGUGACUUCACUCAGAUUCACUAUUUGGUAACAUCAGUUAAUGUGAUACUAAGUGUGUAAUGGCUCAUUUACAAAUUCAAGCCAUCGCUUGAUGCUGAAUUUAUCAGAUGAUGUAUAUUUAUAUAUUAAAAUACCCCUUUUUAAAAUACAAAAAAGCAGUUUUUCAUAACAGUAGCUGAAUAAAUUACCUUUAGUUGAAUAACCUAUUUCAUAAAAUGCUAAUUUACCUACAGAAUUUAUAAGAAUUUUUAGACAUCUAAGCACAGAUAAGAUGCACAGAUUAACCUGUCCUCCAGAUGUUGUAUGCAUGACUAGAAUAAUAAAAGAUUAAUAAAAUAAUAAAAGAUUAAAAUCAUGAUUGCUAGAGCCAUUACCCAACUAUCAUGGAAAGGAUUUUUCCUCUGUUCUAUCACUAACAGCCCACAAAUCAGCAAGAGCUAAAACAAUAAUCAGAAAACAAGUCAGAAGCUUAUCUAGUAUAAAAAUAAUAGUCAUCAAAACUAAAUUGUUUUGUGUUUCAGAAUUUGUCCGGACUUACCAUGAUCUUUUAAACUUAGUUCAGAUAUGCUCUUUUUUUUAACCCACAGAAGACUUACUGUAUGUCUUACAUCAGAUGUAAAUGUUGUGGGGCUCUAUUUUUUCUGCAUUUGAUCAUGAACUAUUGCCAGUCAGGACCAUUGUGUAUCAGAGGUAGAUAUAAGAAAUACAUAUUAACAAUGGAAUGUCCUUGAAUUGGAAGCUCUUAUUUGAAGCUGGACUUAGGAAACUGUUUAUAUUAAGGUCAAACUGUUGUGUGUUAGAUUUUACCUGUUAGGGUCUAUAAUGCUGCUAUAAUUCAAGUUAUAUCUAUAAAUGACAUAACGAUUGACCAAGGCUACUUAGAACUAUUCAGAACUAUUCAGAUUCUUACUAGAGAUGGUUUUCGAGGCAUUGGCUUUCAAGGAACGGAAGAACGCUUGAAUAUUCCAACAAGAUACUGAACCAAAGAAAUAUUUGAGUAGUUACUAUGUUUGUAAUUUGUGAUUUCAUGUUAGGAUCACAUUGGGUUGUCUCCUGGAUGCUAGAUGCAAGACGAUUACAAAUUGGAAAUCAGAUGUUGUAUAUUGUACUCCUUCACAUAUUUUUUUUUAGUUUUUCAAAAAGUGCCUUGCUUGUCAAACUUUUGAAGCAUUAUCAAAUAAGUUGCCUCCUACCCAAUUUAAAAAACAACAACACUGUGAUGAUUAGGAUUGCAGCAUUUUAUAGCAUAUGGAUCAUGACAGAUUGCUAAGAAUGCUGUUGGCUAUUUGAUAUUUCUUUUCUAUCUACCCCUCAAACUAACGUGAAGACUUGGGGAAAAUGAACCCCCUACCCAAGUUAGGACUUUUGCACUUUGUACUGCCAUUUCAGGGGAAAGACCCACUGCGCGCACAAGCUAACUUUGCCAUAGUUAUGUAUGGAAAAUAGGAAUGUAUAUGAUGAUUCUCUGCAAGUGUCUGUUCUAUAGAAAAUUGUUAUAUUAGGAAAAAUCAUGGAUGUUGCCAUCAACUAGGGUUGCAUUUCUGGAACUUUUAUCUGGAGAUAUCUGUCCCUUCCUUCUCUCUCUAAGACAGUGUUUUAGCUUUGCCAAUCCAUGAGAAAUAUUUCAUUGAUUAAUUUUGCCUCUAAAAGGACAUUGAGAGCAAAAGGUAGAAGCUGCAUCAUGAAAUAGGCAUCAGCGUAGAUGAAAGUAGGGAUACCACAAUGGUGCAGUAUUGUAGCUUGAGCUAGG